GUCCCUCUCCUCCCUCCGUGACGCAGUUCCCUGUGACGAGCCUCUGCGUGACGUGGUGGGCGGGCGGAUUUGAAUUUGAGCGGAGGAGGAGGGAGGUGGCGGUGCUGCUGCAGGAGAAAAUCCAGUAUUUCUGUUAACUCCAUCGCACUGUUUGAUCCAAUGUCCAGUUCUACUUGCUUACUCUGAUCCUUCAGAAAAUCAUUGUGGAGUUUAAAAAGACAAAUACUCUUAGAUCCUGGAUUUUCUCAUACUGAGGGAUUGUGAUUUACAAUUCAGUCACAAUGAGGCGAAGCUCAAAGAUCACUAGAAGCAGCGGUCGGCAAUCUAUGAUGGCACUGAGAGUGCAGGACAACAAUAAGAUGGGUCUUCAAACACCUCAGAUGAUGGAAAAAGGUAUGUUUGGGAAGCUGAGCAUGAGCAAGCCUACACCUGCAACAUCAGAAAGGAAAAUCAGCAUUUUUGGGAAGAGAGCUAGCACGACUGGAGGGUCGCGCAACAGUCAGUACGGUGUGUUUGGUACAGAAAAGAUAAAGGAUCCCAGGCCACUCCAAGAAAAGGCGUUCAUCCAACAGUGUAUCAAGCAGCUUUGUGAGUUCCUGGUUGAGAAUGGUUAUGCCCAUAAUGUUUCCAUGAAAUCGCUACAGUCUCCAUCGGUUAAGGACUUUUUAAAAAUCUUCACUUUUAUCUAUGGGUUUCUCUGCCCUUCUUAUGAACUACCUGACUCAAAAUUUGAAGAGGAAAUUCCCAGAAUUUUUAAGGAGCUUGGGUACCCCUUUCCUCUGUCAAAAAGUUCCCUGUACACAGUGGGAGCACCACACACCUGGCCUCAGAUAGUGACAGCUUUGGUUUGGUUAAUUGAUUGUGUCAAGCUGUACACUGCCAUGAGGGAAAAUGCACCAUCAUUUGAGGAGGGACAGAGCUGGGGAGGAGAGACAGAUGAUGGAAUUGUACAUAAUAAGCUUUUCAUGGACUAUGCUGUGAAGUGCUAUGAACUUUUCAUGAAAGGGAGAGAUACUUUUGAAGAAUUGGAUGCAGAAGUGCAGUCAAAAUUAAAGGAUUUAUUUAAUAUAGAUGAAUUCCAGAUGGAAAGUUUAGCAGCUGACAACAAAAGACUUCAGGAAGAGAUUGCAAGACUAGAAAAAGAAAAGGAAAGUGAGCCGGAUCGUAGAGUAACACUACGAAAUGUGAAAUCGUCUCUUCAAGCAGAUGUCCAGAAAUACCAGGCUUACUUGGCUAAUCUGGAAUCUCACAUAGCCAUCCUUGACCAAAAAAUGGAAAGUGUUACUGAUGAAGUUGAGUCAGCAAAAUUGGAAGUAGAAGCAAUGAAGCAGGAGAAUGCCCGGCUCCAGCACAUCUUUGACAACCAGAAGUACUCAGUUGCGGACAUUGAGAGAAUAAACCAUGAGAGAAAUGAGUUGCAGCAAACCAUUAAAAAGCUGACUAAGGAAGUGGAAGCAGAAGAACAUCAGCUGUGGAAUGAAGAGCUAAAAUAUGCUAGGAAUAAAGAGGCGAUUGAAAUACAACUGGCAGAAUAUCAUAAACUGGCUCGAAAGCUGAAAUUAAUUCCAGUAGGUGCUGAGAAUUCCAAAGGCCGUGACUUUGAGAUUCAGUUUAAUCCUGAGGAAGGACCCAACUGCCUAGCCAAAUAUAGAGCCCAGAUCAAGGCUCCCCUUAUGGAGAUCAUAAACCAGACAGAGGAAGAUAUUAGGAAAGCUACUGAACGGAAAAUGUCUUUGGAAGAUACUUUCGAACAGGUGAAUGCAAUGGUAGCGGAUGCGAAAAGCAGUGUGAAAAUGCUGACAGAAGAAGCUGAAAAGCUGGAUGAUCUUUACCAACAGAAGCUUAAGGAAGUAGAAGAGGAAGAGCAAAAAUGUGCAAAUGAACUUGAAAUGUUAAAGAAGCAUAAACAAUUACUCGAGAGUGGUGUCAAUGAAGGUCUCAGUGAAGCCACAAAUGAAUUGCAUGAUCUCCAACGACAAUAUCAAGUUGUUGUGCAAACAACAACAGAAGAGAGCAGAAAAGCUGGUGACAACCUGAGUCGUCUUUUAGAAGUGAUUGGUACUCAUGUAGUAUCUGUAGGGAAAUACCUUGAUGAACAGAAUAUGAAAAUUGAGAGAGAUUAUGAAGAAUUCAUGUCCGAAGAUCUAUUGUCAGAUUUGAACAGAAUUCUAGACAGUUAUAAAAAGAAGGCUGAAAGUCUGUAAUUACUAAAAAAGUGAAGAUGAAAAUUUUGCAUUUCUGAAUGGUAUGGGACCUUCUAAAAGGAGGGUACUUCUGGUGUUUAGCAGUGAAACUGGUUUUAAGUUUAAGGAAGUAUUUAUUAACUUCCUUUGUUUUGUUGACACAAAUGCAUUGAAAAAAUAAAAAAAAUUG